GACUAAAAAAGAAAACACCGUUUCGCAAGAUUGCGGCAUGUCAGGAACGCGUGUUACCUCUGAGCUUGCUGAACAAGAAAAAUACGGUUUGAGCCCCCAAAACACCCCCUGUCGGUGUCUAAUCAGGGUCAAAGAAGGUUGUGAGGGCAGGAAACUUGUUCUAGUCCAGACUAGGAUGCCAUUGAAUCGAUCAAUGGUAAAAUUUUCAUCGAACAAAAAGCCAAAACCGUGCAGCAAACAUCACCAACAACAACAUGCCAAGCCCAACGAGAAAGCCUAGAUGAGGGUCCCAAGGGACCCGAACCAACCGAGUAACCAAUCACUGUAGGGGCUCUGGGUUGUGAUUCCAAAACGAACGACGUGCAUUCACGUCCAAGGGAUACACACCACCAAAUCGCUAUUUUCAGGUGAUGAGAAAAGACGUUGGAUCGCUAUGAAAUACGCGAGUGAUUCUCAAGGGUGGCGAGGGACGGUGGUUAUAUAGAAAAGGAGUGUUGCACUCGGGGCGCUGGCGAAAAAAAAGAAGAAAAAAAAAUGCUCGGGAUUCCAAGGCCGUCCUCAUGUCCAAUGAACCCAAGCUGCAAGCCGAUUUCCGUAGCCACCAAAGCAGAAAGCAGCCCUUCAUCAUCCCCUCCC